AUGAUAUCAGCAGGAUCGAAAAUGUCUACAUGUCUCAGAUGCAAAUCAAAAGAAGCAAAAUAUCACUGCGGUCGCUGUAAAGAGCGAUUGUAUUGUGGUAAGGAAUGCCAGGUUACUGACUGGAAACAACAUAAAAUAAAAUGUAGCAAAAUGGGUGAAAAUAAAGUUAAUACAAGUGCAGAAAAAAUAUUGCAUGAACUUAACAACCCAAGUCAAGCCACUCGACUUGAAAAAGGAAUAGUAGAAUUGUUGGAAUACAUGCCUUCAUGCGUUAGAAAACGUGUACAUCUUGAUAUCCCAAACUUCCAGGAGGAAUAUCAACAAAAUUAUCCACAGGAAAAAGAACAUGUUGGCAUAUUAAAAGACGCAUUUAAUGACCAAAAGCUGUAUCCUUUGCAAGAGCUUGUUUUGGAUAAUGUGCCAUGGAACGUCGGAAACAUCUUUUAA